GGACCCCUCAACAAGACGCAGAGGAGCGUAAGACACAAAUCUGUGCGAAAGCUUUCUACGCAGCGGUGUGUGUAAUUACAGAGAGUCAGGCGGUGGCAGCGAAAUCAAAAGCAGCUUGCGGUUCCGAAGCUUUGUUUGUUUACACCUAGCCUGCUCGUCUCCAACUUGGCGAAGCGGUCAAGUAUUCACAACGGGACUCCUCACGGACCCCUCCCUUUGACUCCUACAGAUCCGGCGUCAUUAUUUCUACCACAAAGAACCAUAGGUUCCACAACCGUCAAACCAACCAUCUCAGCAACCUUCCAGGGUUGGAACUACCGACGCCACCCACCAUGUUCACCGCCACUUCUCAGAAUAUGAUGGCCCAUCUGGCCGCGCGUACACCGGUUCCAAAAGUCAAGGCCUUCAGCUUCAGUGAAUAUCGUUCGCCUGAAAACGAUUCUGAUACUGAUAGCAAUUCGAGCCCCUUCCAGUCAUACAAUGCUGUCGACCCCAAGCCCAAAUUCUCUUCCUUUCCUGCUCCUGCGGCUCCAAAUAACGGGCAGAGAGCAUCUAACCACCGGAACCUGCGUCUCUCAUUCAACAUCGCUGCUCCCGAUGAAGACGAUGUUGAGGACCAGUCUUCUGAGGUCAAGCAAUCCAUGACGUUCGGUACGCAGCGCGACGCAACCCACUCGCCAGUCCCUGCUGUGGCCGCGGGAUCAAGCUCAGUGCGGCCGCCUGCAGCUGUGCCUAGCCAAGCGACAGCGUUUAAGCCGCGGAGGUCUUCUGCUCUCAGUACUAGCCAGUAUUUCGAUGCCGUUGAGGAGCAAAGUGCCACCAAGCAUAUGGCAGCAAUCCAGGAAGAAGAACCGGUUGAGCCAGCAAUGAAGAAGUCCACAAACAGGGAGAUCGCGAACACGCAGAGGACUCUCAAACCGAAACCGAACCCUGAGCCUGAGCCAACUGCUGCGGACGAACCAUACUAUUCUCCCGACGAGUAUGAGCCCCACGAAGGUGACCUAGUCAUUCGAGACGCCGAGCCAUCCUCAUGGAUCCAUGACUUCACAGGCCGCAUCGUCACCCGCAAAGACUAUCUUCCCUGCACGCGAGCCACUGCAGCCGACACCAAGCGUCUCAAGCGCGCAGCCAAGGAUUUGAUCCGCUAUGAGGAAUCCGAAGACAUCUACGCUGAGCUGUUGGACAGGCUCAAACGCAUGAUUGACCGUGAAGACCAGAUGGCGGAGGAGCAGCAACGGCCGGAGCUCUCGGUCGCUCGGCUGGCUAGGCGUUUGAGGUCCUGGUUGAGACGGAUUGCUGACGGACAGAUAAUUGCGGGCGAGAGUCCUAGGUUCAUUGAGCAUCAGCUGGAGUGGGCGGAUUGGCUAUAUGCGGCGGCGGACACUGGCGUGCUACAUGUCAAGACGAGGCGGUGCAACUGUAAAGCCGAGUGGACGAAGUAGGAGGCAUAAGCUCGAUGCGCAAAUAUGGGGCAUGGGAAAGGGCAUUAUCGGAUAUGGCCAUUGCUAUAAUUCUGGAAGCAGUUAAGAGAGUUCAGGCAUGGGCACAUACCUGUGUAUCAUGGCAUAGUCCUGUACUUUCUCACUUUUGGGUCAUCCGCUCAGGCGGACGUUGGACGGAACCUUACUCUCUGGAGGGGGAUUUGAAGGCCGCUAUGCUGAUGAUACCAU